CAGUCUCCAGCAGUCUCUAGCUUAGCGUUGACGUAACGAGCCCUUGAGUACCACGUGUAAAAUUUAGGAAAGUCUAUAUUUUUACAAUAAGAUUUUGCAAACCGACUUUAUCGCAAUUUUAAAACAUGUCAGAUCUAUUUGACAACGGCUCCUAUUCUGACAAGGACAAUAAAGGAAUCGAUCCCGAAUUAGAGGAGCUUCUAAUGGUCGAGAAGCAAAAAGCACAAUUCACUGCACAGAUUCACGAGUUCAACGAUUUUUGUUGGGACAAAUGCGUUGAUAAGCCAGGAAGUAAAUUGGAUGGCCGUACAGAAACGUGCAUAAACAAUUGCGUCGAUAGAUUUAUAGACGUUUCCCUCUUUGUUACAAAUCGUUUUGCACAGUUAAUACAAAACUCUAUAGGAAAGUAAAAUUUUCAGAGUAUACC